UAUAUAUUUAGUAAAUUUUAAUGAAAUGUCUUGUCAGAUCAGACUGACAGCCAAUUUACACGACAUCGGAGCAAUAAGGAGGUGUUUAUAUCCCACUGACGACAACAGAGGUGGUGAAGGCUGGUUACAAAACGCUCACAUAUCCGUAUCACCAACGGGUGACAUAAUUGUAAUAGCAAACGAAAGGAGGUUAGUGGUUUUGACUUCCAAGUGGGACUCAAACACUUCGCUCAGUAACUACUGGAUCAGUUACUCUGGUUCUGUGCACGAAUAUGACACAAUCAAAGCGGUUUUGUGCCUCCCAAUCGUUGGGCAAAGUCAAAGCUCACACGUGGGCCCAGACUGGACAUGUGUGAUGAUCGGCUACGACUCAGGUUAUGUGAGAUUUUACACAGAACAAGUGGAGCUGUUGUUUGAGGAGCAGCUCCACUGCGAGAACAUCACGAACAUAAAAUGCCAGUCGCAGCACAGCCCCCGGCCGGACAUAUCCCCGGAGCUGCACCCGGAGGAGAUAUACGUGCAGUACCAGUCAAUACUGGCGGUGAUAAGCGGCCAGCACCUGUUCUCCAACCUGCGACACCUCAGGAGCAGGCUGGCGCGGGGCGACGCGCCCGACUCCUCGCAACUCACAUUGAACCCCAGAAAGUGGGGGUUUCAGGAUCAGGGGGCGAUUAACGAUGCGGCCGUCGUGGGACUUAACUUGACCAGCACGUUCGACCACCUAUUAACGGCGUCGACGUGCGGCGGCUUCGACACUAAAUACAGGGCCAUAGCGCCCCACAACACCCUGGUUUUGGGAGCCGGUUCGAAGCCUUACCUGGGGUAUCACUACGCCUUGGAGGGCGGAGCACAGCCCGUCCUCAGCGACGUCGCCAAGGCGGUCGCCAGUAAACUGAAGUCGGCGCUUCCGGGCUGGCUAACGGGCACCAAGACCCAGGCGGAGAAGCAGAUGACCACGGCCAUGCAACCGGCGGAGACCAUGGGCUGCCGCUUCGGGCUGUGCGACCUGAGACGCACCGGCACAACCGUAGUCCUGUCGCAGGACCGUAAACUGGCGGCUGUCACCGACGCUCUAGGGCGCGUCUUGCUUGUGGACUCGUUCCGGGGCGUCACCCUGAGGGUGUUCAAGGGGUAUCGCGACGCCCAAGUGGCGUUCGUGCAGGUGCCGGACGAGAGGAAGUCGAAGCACAAGAUCGGCAACAGGGUCGCCUUGUUCCUCGUCAUUUACUCGACGAAGAAGGGUACGUUGGAGUUCUUUUCGGUGCAGCAGGGUGCCAGAAUCGCCACGUUUUCGGCCUCCAAGCACAGUCGGUUAUUGUACAUCAACUACGGGUUGAUGGGCUUCGUCACCACCACCAAGUCCAGAUACAUUUGUCAAUACACCGUUGUUUUCAUGGACAACGAUGGGCAAAUCAAAGAGUUUCUAAUACCAUUCCACUUUGCUUUGACUGAGAAAAACAACAAGAGAGCCAAAGACAUACAUUUUUAUAAAAAGCUACGUACGCUGGUUAAGUCUGGGGAGUUUGACCUGGAGAAGCUGAAAACUGAGGCCUACAACACUUGCACGGAGCUCAAAACUUCAGAAAUUCAACUACAGACCGUUGACUUGCUUUUAAACAACAAGGCUGUGUUCCCUGAAGUAGCUUUACAUUGCCUCGAGUAUUUCGCCGAGAAAUGUGACGCCGAAACUGAAGACGGCUUUAAAAUACUGGUCAACAACGCAUUUUGCCUAAUUAAGUUUUACAUUUUCCUAAGAGAUUCGUCUGAAAAUCUGGACCAGCGCAACGGUAACAAAACUGAAGCCAACACGACGUUAAAUUUAAGUGACAAGGAGCUGUGCAACUUACAGAAGUUGCUGGAUUUGAACGUGUUAAACGACAACAUGAAACAACUGGAGGUCAAAGUCUCCUUCAGCGACCACAAACGGAACGCAGCUCAUGACUUUAUAUCAGCUUUCGUACUGACCAACCCGGAAGCGAUUAUUUUAAAGCCCAACUUGGACGAAAACCAGCUGUUGAAGGCCUCGGAGGUCGCCUUCAGAAACUACAUAGCCGGCAACGUUAGUAACUUCGGACAACUUCAAGAAAGGAUCUCGUCAAGCAAAAUACUAAUGAAAGACUUGUUUUACCUGUUGACCUACUAUUGGGUUAACAGGCCUUUGAACGUGCAUUUAAACUUAGAAAAAGAGAUGAACAACCUAUCGUCUGUGAUAUACUGCAUGGUUAAGGCGGCGAAGAAGGAGGACGUCCUGAUUGUGGACGACAGCAUUUCGAAAUUCUGGUCGGAAAUACGGGACAUACUGGCGAAUUCGUCCAGACCGUUUCCGGCCUUGACGGCGGCGAUUUUGUGCAAGAACAUCGCACAGAAGUACGAGGCGGAGAACGCUCUAGAUCAAUCCGGUACUAGUUUGGAGGACGUUAACAUUGAGGUGUUGUCGCAGGAAAACGUCCAGUGGUCCUUGCUCAUCGGUAAGUUGGAGGAUGUGUCUCUUCUUAACAUCAUCCUGUCUAACAGGCCAGUUACUAACAAUAGUACCUUGCCCAAGUUGAGCCACGAACGGGUGGAUGUUAGCCUGAAGUACAUCCUGCAGAAGGGUAAGGGCUCAGUUAGUGAGCUGGUGGCUCAGUGGUUGUCUAAGUGCGGCGUUAACCCCCGGGAUAUCCUCAUAAACGAAUACGUUCAACACAAGUUAAUUGAGGACGAAGGUACUAACGUAACCGACAAUGAUCUGACCUACGAGGAGUACUCGGAAGACGAAAAGAAUCUAGUCAGUGAGUCGGCGGUGUUCAAAUAUAUUUCCAGACUGAGAACCCAGUUUCCUUACAGCCUAGAAAGUAGCAACCUCCUGGCGAACUUAAGUUGGGAGUACGCGUUGGCCUGGCAAAAGGACAUCCAAAACUUGGAAAACUUGGAAGCCGUAAUGAAAUGCCUUGACCUAAUACCCAACCAGAAAAUCAAACAAGGCCUGUGCAACCUAAUUUGGAACACGCAUUUGAAAAUCGUUUACGAGGGUGCCAGCAAGCUGAUCAACAAAGUGGGCAAGCUACCCAAAGAACGGUUGUGCAGGCAAGACACCGGCCUGUCAGAUUAUCAAAUAACAUCGUUCAUCAACAUCUGCACGAGUUUCAUGGACGCAUUUCUGGACGUAGCCGAAAAGAGUGCCACGGAAGUUAAGCCCCAGCUGCAUUUCGAGCCGAUUUGGGAGAACGGAAGCCAACCGUUGGUGCAGCUGUGUCUGGAUCAACGUGACGUGAACAGGUCACUGCUUCACCUGCAUUACCAAUUAAGUUUAUGCCUGCAAAUGAUAGCGACGUUCGCAAUAAAGCAUUCCAAGCCCAUCAACAGUUUAUUCGAGGCGGGGGUCGUCGGUUUGUUCUUCACCGACAUGCAGAGGGCCCAACUGGUCAUCACCAACAAGCCCGACGUCAAAUUGAACGCGUCCCGCACCCAGUUCCUAAUCAAAAUCAUCUCCGCUAGCUUAGAAAGCGUGACAGUAACCGAAAACGAACGUAUUUAUUCGGCGGAGCACGUGAAAUGGAUGUCCAAGUGUCUGGACCUGGCGCGUUUGUGGAGCUUGGACGUAGACAUGUUGAAGCGGUACCAGGUGGUGCAGCUCUACACGAGCGGUUACGACUUGCUGGCCGAGGAGCUGUUGCCCGCCAUCAACGACAGGAGGGCGUUGGGUUCGGAGCUGUUGGCGGUGGCGGCCAAACGGACGUCGCAGUAUUUGGCCUCUGCGCCCAACUUGAGCGAGAACAUAUCCGCCUUCAGUCCGGUUUUGACCAGAUACCUUGACACUCUUGUGGGGGAGUGGUGCACUCCGAGUAGUCUGCAGUCAAUUACGGUUUUGGCCAAUCAUGCGUUAUUGUGUUUGUCCGAGGACCAGAGUGAACAUAAAAUCGUUCAACAUUUGUUGGAGGCAUGCAGCACUUUAGAAGACUUGGAAAAAUAAAUCGUUGAUUUUUAUAUACUGUUAUUGUAUAUCAAAUUCGUCUGUUCAAAGUAUAUCAUUGUUUAAAUGUAAUUUUAAUAUAUAAUUUUAUUUGC